AUGCCAAUUCUGAGUAGGCAGACGCCUAAACUGUUAACCAAUAUCGGGGGAAAGCGCCAUGCGAGUGCAGACGAUCACGAAGAACCGAUACCCAAGAGACGAGCGAACGGAAAUGCCGCCCCAAUAAAGAGGCAACGGGAGAUUGAUGUCAACGCUGAACCCUUGUCUUCCGACGAUGAAAUACACGCUCCCUCACCACGACCGGUCCAGCCCUCGAAGCCUGGUAAACCUACGCCGAAGAGCACCCUAGAUACUCUAAGGGAACCUCAAAGAAAGCCUGGCAAGAAAACGCUUGAAGCAAUACGUCCGCCCGCAAGAGGGGCGUACCAAAAUGGUCAAGCCCAUAAGUCGACUGCAGGCCUCGGCGGUAGCAAGGAACACACUCCCGCGUCUUCCGCGGGAUCAUCCAGCGACAGUCCAAUCAAAUGGGGCAUGGAACACGUUUCUCAAAUCAAGAACACGAAUGACAAAGGCUAUGGCUCGAAGAGCAAGAACAUACAUGCACCACCUCCAAAGAAGUUUGGCAAGGCAGCGUCAAAGACCACUACGCAGACGUACGGAUCAAAGAACAAAUCCCGGAAUGGCAUGUCGCAACCCGGUGCUGAGAGUGACGGAAGUGUAUCUGGUUUAGACGACGAGGAGCUCUUUGCGCUCCCCAAAGAUAGUGACAGACAACAAAAGAUGAAUGAUUUGGGACUACGUGAAGUUGAAAAGAAAGCAAACGGUACAAAAGCCAAGAGCACCAAUGCUACAUCUACUGCGUUCGACGACGACGAACUGGACAGAGAACUAGGGACCAAACCAAAGAGCGCUAAGUCGUUCAAAGCAGAAAAGGCUGCCAGAACCGCCCGCCUUAUGAACCAGCUUAGCAGUUGGAAGGAAAAUCAGGAACCGCCGUCUUCGCAACCACAUUCCAGUGCACCACAAGAAGCCCUCGACGACAUCAACAGUUACAUGAGCAAACUCCAGCCAGUGGAAGAGGAGGGCUCGCGAUGCUUGCUUUGUUCGAAAUUCGUUGAGCAGGAGGACUAUUGGGACUUCUGGAAAGGCAAGGAGAGAACGGUCAAGAACAAAUCUGCAUUCUGCCAUGCGCAUAAAAAGAAGUCAGCACAGAAGGAAUACACUGAGAUGGGGUAUCCGGACAUUGACUGGCAAGCACUUCCCAGGCGAAUACGCAGACACAAGACGACUUUAUUGCAGAUACUCAACAACAACGAGUUUAGUAUACACAGAGAUCGUUACGAGCCGUUGGCUCUGACUGGAAAAGCCGCCGCUGUACCCUCGAGGCGAACAGAUCUGGCAGAAGACGUGCAAGAAGAGCUGGAAUCAUACGCUCUCGACGAGAAAGCCGCGUACCCGGGCUACUAUGGUUCUCAUGGUCGUCGCGUCAUCACAGAGAGCGUCAUGGAUACUCUAAAGGUCGAGAUGAAGAACUGCAAGGAUCGCGUUGUGCAAGCAUCCGGCAUCGCAGCCUUUGUACAAGCUGUGAUGGUUCCGGAGGCGGCAAUCCUACUGAUUAUGGAUGAUUGUUCAGUGAACAGAGAAGACGCGGAUAAGAUCAGGGAGAAGACGUACGAUAUGGGUCUCCUACUCAACGAGGAGAUUGAGGACGAGCUCGAAAGACAGGACGACAGUGAUGAUGAGAACGAGUAUCAGUAUAAGUGA